CGACAUUAUCAUCGUCAUCGUCAUCGUCAACGUCGCCGUCACCAUCACCAUCACCAUCACCACCACAUAGCCCACCAGCCCUAAUACGAGUAGCAGCUGCUCUCGAGAUGAGUUCAACAACUGACCUCCCCAUCCGUCUGCACUCGGACCGAGUGUCCAUCUCAAGCAUGGACCGCUCGCUCAUAGAAAUCAUCGCCACCACCUCCAUCCCCAUCUCCACCCUCCUCGGCACCACCAGCACCUCCUCCACCACCUCCUCCUCCAUAUCCUCCUCUUCCUCCACCACCACCACCACCACCAAAACACCCGAUUUCCUAACCUUCCGACCCCUGACCCCACUCCCCACCGAAAACCCCCGGCAAUACCUCGUCCUCCUCCCCAGAGGCAACCUAGGCGCCGGCGCCUGCGGCACCGUGCAAGCGGUCUGCAGCUUCGACCUGAGCGAUCCCACCCACGAAACGAUUAAGCUGUACGCCAUCAAGACGUGCACGCGGCAGCGGGAUGCCGAAAUCUUCCUGCGCAACGAGGUGAAGCUGGCCGUGCAGCUGCCUCCGCACCCGCACGUGCUCCAGAUCUUCGCCCUAGGCGAGAUCAUCCCCAGUGCCGCCAGCACCAAUACCAGCACCAGCACCCCCACCCCCCAAUCCACCCAACUAGCCUACCUAAUGGACCACUGCCCGCAUGGCGACAUCUACGACCUGCUGUUCCCCCCCGGCGCCACUAAGCCCAUCCGCCUCCCGCAACCCACGCAACUGUGCUUCAUCAAGCAGCUUUUUCUGGGGGUCGCCCACCUGCACCGCCAGGGCAUCGCCCACGGCGACCUCAAACCGGAGAACCUGCUGCUCGAUGCCGACGGGCUCGUCAAGCUCGCCGACUUCGGGUACGCGGUGCGCUUCCGGCCGCCGCAUCACCACCGCCACCACCAGGGAGAGGGCGAAUGCGCCUGCGUCCGCGCCCACGUCCCCGUCCGGACCCCCGACGACGUGCGCGGGACGGGAUGCUACAUCGCGCCGGAGAUGUGGAUGGCCGCUGCGGCGGCGGAUGUAGCCGUCAAGGCAGCAGCAGCAGCAGCAGCAGCAGCCGCAGCCAGAAAACCAGCCGCCGCCGCCGCCAGAACAGCAGCCACAAGAACAGCAGCAGCAGCAGUAGCAGCAACCUACGACCCGCGGGCCGCCGACAUCUGGGCCUGCGCGCUGACGGCCCGCCACAUUCUGGGGCUGGGGUAUCCGUGGGAAUGCGCCGGCGAGUCCGUCGACGACGGCUUCGCGCGGUUUGUGGACGGGUGGGAGGCGUUCGAGGCGGUCACGGCCGGGGACCCGCGGCUCGACGCCGCGGCGGGGAGAUGGCCGCUGUGCGGCCGGGGGUUCAAGGCCAAGGAGUACCCGGACUACGCGGCGCUGGUGCUGGUGCUGGGGAUGCUGCAUCCCGAUCCCGAGCGGCGGCUGACGAUCGAGGCGGUCCUCCGGGAUCCCUGGGUGCGGGGGAUUCCGUGCUGCUCGCCGGCGGUGUCGGCGCAGAGCCGCGCGGUGCAUGAUCACUGUCGGAUGAAGGUGGAUUCUGGCGUGUCGUGCACGCGAUAG